UAUCGACAUGUACAAAAGGGUGUGUGCCAACUGUCUGUACAACGGUUUACAUAUCCACAUGUACAAAAGUGCUGCGCGAAUUGGCUGUACAUCGAUUUAUAUAUCCACAUGUACAAAAGAGCAUUCAAUUUUUCUUCCUUACAUACCAUUUAAAACGUUGUAAUCCAAUGCGUGUACAUGGGAAGAAGGAAAAAAAUUCACAUGUACAUUGUGUUAAUAUUAUCGUGAGUUCAUAAAAUCGCAGAUGCUUAGUUAUUUUGAUGUGUACAUUUGUUGACGAGUACACAUGUACAUCGAAAAUGAUCCAAUAUAUGUGAAGAGGUUGUACACAUAUAGGUGGAUUGGUGGUUCCUUACUAAAACAAUACCAAAAUACAUAAUAAAUAGCUCAAGUCAAACUAAAAAUGGUGUACAUGACAAUAACACACAUGAUUUUGUGUUUUAUUCGUAUCUAAUGUACACAUGUACGCAAGUUGUCUUUGUAAUAUACAAUGUACACAUUACCUUAGUAAUAUACAGUAUACACAUUUUAUCUUUGUACACAUGUUAUAAUGUACACAUGUACAUAUAUUACAUGGUGUACAUUUAUUGAGUGGCAUUUUCGUAACUAUAUCUUCGUAUUCCCCAGAUUUUUUUAGGGUUUCCUGCAUCAAACAUUGCGGCCGCCAUUAAUUUCUUUCAUGUAUUUUUCAUUCUUUUUCAAUAUCGUGUAUAUUAUACUUCAAAAUUGUUUAUUUAUCACUUCUAAACUGGUUUCUAACUUUAGAUUUUGAAAUUUUUUGUGAGAUUUGACCAUUGUUACUCAAGCUUCAUUGUGCAACUGUUGGAGUGUAACAGAGAUUAAGAAGAAAUAAACAAAAUAUGGUUUGGUCUAACUAGAAAGCCUAACUAGUUGUGAAAAAAGAAACUAGACACAAAAAAAAAAAUGAAACAAGUCACAUCCCAUCAACCCCCAAGUUAACAGAAACUGUCCUAGUAGCAGAAACUGACUUAAUUUGUAAUAAAAAACUUGGAAACUGCCUUGUAGUGUAAACUACUCUUUAAAAAUCCAUAUAGUAUUUUUCUUUAGAUUUGAAUUUUUAUAUUUUUAACUAAAAAAAUCCAAACAAAUCAAUUCAAAUCAAUUAUAAAAUCAAAUAUAUUAGUAAAUCUGUACGAUUGAACAACACUUAAUUUGAUAUAGAAUUUAUGAAUCAUUAAACCAAUAACACAUGAUUUUAAUACAAAUUUAAAAAUCACAUAACUAAUAACAGUAGAUUUACUUCGGAUUUUCAAAUCCAACAACCAAUAACCUCUACUUAUAUGUUAAUAGUUAAUUACUACUUUACCCUUUUACUUUUUUGAAAAAAAUAAUGGAAAAAGGAUUAUAAAUAUUAAACCGCCCCACGGGUGGGUGGAUCCGAGAGUUUGGGUUAACGUAUAAAUAAGGAUCCGAUUCGAUCUUCCGCAGAUAGUUUCUCUCACGCUCUCUUUUUUCGUGUAAAACCUCUAAUCGAUUGAAGUAAACGACGAAUCGAGGAUGACGACGGAGAUCGAGCCACAGUCACUGCAAAAGCUGAGUCACAAAUCAGUGAAGCGAGCUCUUGAUCUUUUCUCCCCCGCUCGUGAUCAACUCGCUCCGCCUGAUCCAGAAAGCAAAAAAGUUCGGCUCUCUCAUAAGAUUCAAGUUGCGUUUGGAGGUGUAGAGCCAGUGAGUAAGCAGCAUAUACGUAAGGCUGAGCAUAACAAUGAGCAGAUAGCUCCAUCCAAUGCCCUUCCAGGUCAAGAAGGAGCCAAGGAAGUUCAAAGUUUAGCUGUUGUUGGUCCUACUUUACCGCCAAGAAGCUUGAACGACAACACUGUUCACGCAGGCAAAAGCACCACUGUUCUUCCUGCAUUUGGAUCCUCAUCUGAAAGAAACCUGUCAACUUCUGCUUUAAUGGAGAGAAUACCUAGUCGAUGGCCCCGUCCAGAGUGGCAUGCACCAUGGAAGUAUUACAGGGUGAUCCAGGGGGGGCACUUGGGCUGGGUUAGAUCUGUUGCAUUUGACUCAAGUAAUGAUUGGUUUUGCACUGGUUCUGCUGAUCGUACCAUUAAGGUAUGGGAUGUAGCGAGUGGAGUUCUGAAGCACACACUUACUGGACAUAUUGGGCAAGUACGAGGCCUCGCUGUAAGCAACCAACAUAGCUAUAUUUUCUCUGCUGGUGAUGACAAGCAAGUCAAAUGCUGGGACCUUGAGCAGAAUAAGGUUAUCCGAUCUUAUCAUGGUCACUUGAGUGGAGUCUAUUGCUUAGCUCUUCAGCCAACUCUGGACGUUGUACUAACCGGAGGGCGAGACUCUGUCUGCAGGGUGUGGGAUAUCCGUACGAAGGUGCAGACGUUUGCACUCUCGGGACACGACAAAGACGUUUGUUCCGUUUUCACCCGUCCAACCGACCCACAAGUUGUUACCGGUUCUCAUGAUUCGACCAUUAAAUUUUGGGACCUUCGAUAUGGUAGAACAAUGGCAACUCUAACGAAUCAUAAGAAAGCUGUCCGAGCAAUGGUGCUUCAUCCGAAAGAGAAUGCUUUUGUUUCUGCAUCCGUUGAUAACAUCAAGAAGUUUAGCCUUCCUAAGGGAGAGUUUCGCCACAACAUGCUUUCUCAGCAAAGAGCCACAAUCAACGCAGUGGCUGUGAAUGAGGAUGGUGUAAUGGUCACUGGAGGUGAUAAUGGAAGCUUAUGGUUCUGGGAUUGGAAGAGUGGUCACAGUUUCCAACAGGCAAAAACCAUUGUACAGCCUGGUUCGCUGGAGAGUGAAGCUGGUAUAUAUGCAGCGUGUUACGAUCAGACGGGUUCAAGGCUGGUAACGUGUGAGGCAGACAAGACCAUAAAGAUGUGGAAGGAAGACGAGAACGCAACUCCUGAAACCCAUCCUCUUAACUUCAGACCUCCCAAAGAGAUCAGACGCUUCUGAGGUCUCUCUCUCUCUCGCACACCUCUCUAGUUAUCGUCUCAAACUCAAGUCAGAGGAAUCACUAAUCUUACAAAUAUAAGAUUCUUUUACCAGUUUCUCCCCAAGAUAAAUUCAUGUUAAUUGUAGUUUUGCAAGUGUGUUGAAGCCAUUAUUGUGGACAAGGGCAUCUCAGUAUGAAGAUUUUCUCCAAUAAAUAUGAUAAACAUACCCCCAUGUUUAUGAAUUAUUAUGGGCAUCAUAUGAAAUUAAUGGUCAUAGAUGAGUCUAAAAUCA